UUGAGCGUAAUGCAACAUUUUUGGCUUGUGACAGUGACAUGGUGUGUUGUAGUGGGCGUCGGGGCGUCACCAGAUCUAGAAUCCAGCAAUUCAACACAAGUACUGCUCAGUCGUCGUCGAAGAUAUGUAGCCUUUCCGGAGGGUUCUUCAGUCUCGGCUGCUGUUUGCAUGUCCCUUGGCGUCAUAGGAAAUUCAAAUUUUCUCGCUUAUUCUGUGAAUUGGGGCGUUGCAUAUGAUUUGCCUACCUAUGAAUGGGCGCGCCAGCAUGCCAACGGGUUCGCCUCUGACACUAAGGCCAUGGUCCAAAGGAGAUCUCGCAGGGGGUUGUAUCAAAAACUGGAACUGCUUAUAGACAACAUGGGUUAUCCUGGCAAGGCGUGCAUAUCUCGAACUCUCUGCGAAAGUGUGGAGCUUAUUAAAAGUCUACGCUAUCGCAAAGGCAACAUGAUCGAAGAGUUGAUGAAGACUAUAUUCAGAUUUCCAUCCUAUCAAUUGACCAAUGAGGAACCUGACGAUCACCAUUUUUAUGCGCGUGUUCAGCGAAGAGCCAAGCGAUCGAACAUCGAUUGUGCCUUAGAAUACUCAGAGUGUGAUUUUUCUUUGCUGGAUUUGGCAUUGGGAGGCUAUUUAAUGGCCUUGUCGGAACUGGAAAUGCAGACGAAAGCUGCCUUCAUGUGAGGCUUGACCCCA